AGAGUUUCACUUCGUUUCCCAAACCGGCAGUACAAAAUGCCGAAAACAAGUCACCUAUUCGCCCCCAUCCAUUUCUUCGAACCUACUCAAGAGACAGCAUGACCACUCCCACGAGUUCUGCUCCCACUUCACAAGUGCACGACGUCACUUUUACGAGUCAGGGAACCACGGUUCGCUACUACUACUUCCCAAUCCUCCUCCAGCGCUGGACUGGUCCUCUCUCCAUCACGCUGUGCUUAAAGCCGGAAGAAGUAUCCGAUAUCAACGACCAAUUAGCCGCCGACAAUUUCGACUCGCGUCUGUCAAUCGUCCAAUACGUAGCCACCAAUCCCGGCAUCUACCCCAUCAACAAACUUCGCAAUCUGGCCAUCCGGAACGUGAAAACGGACCAUUUCUGGCUGACCGAUUUGGACAUGUGGCCGUCACAAGGCCUCUACGAAGCGAUCCUCCGACUCCCCAAUUCGGCAUUGCAGGAUGAAGUGCUCGCGAUCAUCGUUCCUGCGUUUGAGAUCCAUGCGAGUUCGUGCUCUACGUUCCAGGCGUGCACGGAUCUGCCAAUCUUGCCCCAGUUCCCCAACACGAAGAGAGAACUGAACAGGUGUAUAAGCACGCGGAGGUGCAGCACGUUCAGGCCGUGGGAUCAGCUGCAUGAUUACCACUUCCCUGAGUGGUACCGCGAGUCCUACACGGCGGAGCUGACGCCUGUGCGGUGCUUUAAGGGGAAUACGCAGGAGCCGUAUGUCGUGGUGAAGAAGUCGCCGUUUUUGCCGUCGUUCGAUGAGCGAUUUGUGAACUAUGCAUAUAACAAGGUGCAGUGGCUGGAGCAUCUGCGAUACAGAGGAUAUGUGUUUUCGAUUCUUACUGAUGGAUUUGCUGUGGACGUGCCACAUCCCUUCUCUGCGCUGCGCAAGAAGUUCAUGUCUGUCCGAGAGACCACAAAGCAGACGCUAAACAAGGAAAUGUAUGACCAGUUCUUGGCAGAGCUUAGACGCAACGAGACGGAUAAGAGCAUUGUAAAGUAUUGCAAACAGAAUAACAAUUCAACUCUUUGUUCAACAAACAAGUAG